GAUCAAAUUCAGCUCUUCGUUAAUAUAUGCAGUCUCAUUCGCGACGAGAUUGCCCUUGCCUACCCCUCGGAUGUUGAUACCGAAAGUUCAGCCCCGCCGUUUCUUCCAGACACGCAAGCCGAGUGGAUCUGCGAGUGUCUAGGCAUUACAAGCGACCAGGCCGAGGUCCUAUGGUCCGUCUUCCGGCAAACGAUCUGGAGGAUGGAGGAUGCAAAUAAGCAGUAUGUGACCCUUGCUGAUUUGUUUAUGGAGAGCGGCUGGCGUGAAGGAAUCUCUUUUAUUUCACUGUUCCCCCCAAUGCGCCGGUGCUCUCAGCCCGAGUGCAAGGACCGGCAGUCCGAAAUGCGGAAGGAGUACGUGCGGGACGCGAUCGUAUUCACGUUUAAUCACGGUAUCCAAUGGGCCAAGUCGGUUUACCUGACAUGCCUCGGCUGCGGUACAAACUACCGCAACAACUACCACGUACCGCGCGUCCGCGUCAAGGACGGUAAACCAUACCGAUAUUACUACUCGAAGCUUCCUCGCAGGAUCCAAGUCGGUGAACAUCAUUACGUAGAUCUCAGGCUCGCACAUAUGUGGACGCAGGAUAUGAUGAUAAAUUCCUCUUCCGCUGCAGGUCUUGCAAAGUUAUACGAGCAGACCUUUGCUCGCUCGCUAGCUGACAUCGAGGGCUGCUAUUACACCAGGCCCAAGCUACCGUACUCCUUAACGCGGCUACCGUUCUCUCCUAGGCUCAGAGGUGACCACGUCUGGUCAGCCUUCGUCAUCCUCGCUCUUAUUCGCGACGCCCGAGCCCACCGUCGCCUGCUCCGAGUGCCUCACACCGGCGAACAGCGCGUACGCUUCAACGCAGCUAUGCACGAUCGGAACCUACGCAUCAUCGCGCUUGGCCAGCGCGAAAUACAGCACCACUGCAAAGGGUGCAUGCGCAUAUACGAGGAGAAAGAAGAGGGAACAGAAAGCUGCCAGCCCGUCGUCAGUGACGGGCUCACAAUCGGACACCCGUGCUGCAAAACCUUCCGGUGCACGAAGUCGCUCGAUAAAAUCCGGAAUCACUGGUGCCCAGGCUGCGCUAAGCUCUGCGCCGACCAAUGCGCCGUGGAGAAUUGCGUCAGGAAGAUAGUACCCACUGACAACACGAAGAUGACGUGCGAUGACGAGACGCACGUCGAGAUGGAGAGAAAGACUGUCCAGCGCGGACAGUCUAUGUUCGUACUAACUAGCCGCCUCACACGAAGCAGGAUAUCAGCUCCU